AUGGAGGAAGCUGCAAUUCGUUCGCGUUUGAAUGUUGAGGAAAGGCCUUUACGGCGCUUGAUCAGUCGCUGUCUGGGAUUUACGAAUGAAAAGCCAGAUGAAGCAAGUCUAAAGAAUCUAGAAAUCGAGUUUGCUGCCAUGUCUGCCUUUUGGCUUCGUCUACAAAUGCAAUUGGACACCCAUGACAAAGAAAUCAAUAUUUAUCAAAAUGACUUGGAAAAAACCCAGCAAGAUUAUGAGCAAGAGCAGAAAGACAUUUCAAACUUGGAGCAAAAUUUACUCCUUGCCCAGCAGGAACAGGUAAAGCAAGAAGAAUAUGAUGAACUUGCCAAACCUAUCAUGGCAAGAGGAUUACGGUCGAGAGGUGAACAAUUAGAAUCUAUUGCAAAGUUAGAAAGCGCCAUUCAAGAAUUAGAGGAAGAAAACAAAAACUAUGAACAGAAGUGGAACCAAAGGAAAGAGAAUUUUGAAAAAAUUGUCCAAGGCAUCGAUGAAUUUCGAACUGUUCUUCAUCCAUCCAACGAUGCUGAUUCCGAUUCCGAAGAAGGCAUCGCCAGUGAAGGGGACACUCCAUCUUCUUCCGGCUUCAAAUAA